CACUCACUCACACACACUCUAAUCUACCACUAUAUAUCAUUCAGCUUCUCAUUCACUCCACUGCCACUGAAUAGUAUAGCAGUACUAACAUUAGUACAACGUUGCAGACAAGGCAUCAUAACCAUGGCUAAACUACCUCUUCUCUUUUUCCUUCUUUUCUUGUCUCUCAAAUCAGGAGGGAAUAUGAUCAUGGUUAAUGGGCAGAAAACUUGGUGUGUGGCAAAGCCUUCAUCAGAUCAAGCAACACUUUUGUCCAACCUCAAUUAUGCUUGCUCCCACGUUGAUUGCAGAGUUCUUCAGAAAGGAUGCCCCUGCUCUAGUCCUGAAAAUCUCAUGAACCGCGCUUCCAUCGCCAUGAAUCUCUAUUAUCGAUCUAAAGGAACGGACCACUGGAACUGCGAUUUCAGAGGAUCCGCUCUUGUUGUUGUGACCGAUCCAAGUUAUGGUAACUGCAUUUAUGCAUAGAAGUGGACUGGUCACUAGUACAAUAUACAAGUAUAGUACUACUAUAGUAUGCUAUUUAAUUUAAUUGGGUUGUCAUUUCAAACCAUAUGGAUAUAGGCAUAUGCCACGCUACAUUAAAUCAAAUGUGCCCUUAACUUUGAAGUAUCUUGAGUAAAAAAAAUACUUUGAAGCAUUUUGAAUAACUUUUUCCAUCUAAAUUUUGCACCAAAUAAUGUUCAGAUACCAAUUAAAUUUACACUAUUAAUUUGUACCCAUCCGUUCAUUUUUA